UAUUGUUUACUCAGCGACAUCUCUGAUCGCCGUAGCAAUGGUCGUCGUUGGUAGGGUUCGUCGGCGCACACAUUGAGAAAGAGAGAUUGGGAACGAAGCCAAUCCAUUUGGAUGCCGAGAUUAAUUCCGAUAGCGUCUUCGUCAACGGUGAAGGGGUUUCUCCGUCGGCAUUGUCUUCUGCUGGAGAGAGGUAACAAUCCCGAGACUUGUCCCUCGAUUUCGUCUAGACCUUUCUCUGGUGCGAGCCGUCAUCAUUACCGAGAGAGAUUGAGAAGUGAGCUUCACUCUAUUAAGUUUGAUGAUGCUUUUGGUUUGUUCUGUGACAUGCUUCAGUCUCGUCCCUUUCCUACCAUUGUUGAUUUCAGUAGAGUUUUGACUGCCAUUGCUAAGAUGCACAAGUUUGAUAUUGUCAUCUAUCUCUCUCAGAAGAUGGAACUCUUUGGAGUUUCGCACGAUCUGUAUAGCUUCACCAUUUUGAUUCAUUGUUUCUGUAGAUGCUCCCGGCUCUCUCUUGCUCUUGCUCUUCUUGGAAAGAUGCUCAAACUCGGGUUUCACCCCAGCAUUGUCACCCUUGGCUCUCUCCUCCAUGGAUUCUGUCUCCGCAACAGAUUUCAGGAGGCUCUAUCUCUCGUUGAUUCUAUGGCCGGGAUGGGAUUCCAACCUAAUGUUGUCAUCUACAACACUGUCAUUAAUGGUCUCUGCAAAAACAGAGAUUUGAAUAACGCCCUCGACAUCUUCCACGGAAUGGAGAAGAGAGGAGUCCGCGCAGAUGCUGUUACUUACAACACUCUGAUAACUUGCCUUUGUAACUCUGGUAGAUGGAGCGACGCUGCUCAGCUUCUCAGAGAUAUGGUGAAGAGGAAUAUCCAUCCUAAUGUAGUCCUUUUCAGUGCGCUGAUCGAUGCAUUUGUCAAGGAGGGUAACCUUUUGGAGGCUAAAAACUUGUACAAGGAGAUGAUCCGAAGAUCUUUAGAUCCUAAUAUUUGCACUUACAAUUCCAUCAUCAACGGGUUUUGCAUUCACGGCCGCCUACGUGACGCCAAACAUAUGUUUGAUCUGAUGGUAAGCAAGGGCUGCGUCCCGGAUGUGGUGACCUAUAAUACUCUCAUAAAAGGAUUUUGCAAGUCUAAGAGGGUAGAAGAUGGGAUGAAGCUCUUUUGUGAGAUGACUCAUCAAGGAUUGGUAGGCGAUGCAUUCACUUACAACAAUCUUAUCUAUGGUUAUUGUCAAGCGGGCAAACUUAAUGUUGCCCAAAAGGUUUUCAAUCGGAUGGUUGAUUGUGGUGUGCCUCCUGAUAUUGUCACCUACAACAUUUUGUUAGAUUGUCUAUGUAGUAACGGGAAGAUAGAGAAAGCAUUGGUUAUGGUAGAGGAUCUACAAAAGAGUGAAAUGGAUGUUGAUAUUAUUACAUAUAAUAUCAUCAUUCAAGGGAUGUGUAGAACUGAUAAGGUGAAAGAGGCUUGGUGUUUAUUUCGUAGCCUCAAGCUCAAAGGAGUGAAGCCUGAUGCUAUAGCAUACAUUACAAUGAUAUCAGGGUUGUGUAGGAAAGGCCUACGGCGUGAAGCGGACAAACUGUGUAGAAGAAUGAAAGAAGAUGGGUUUAUGCCAAGUGAACGCAUAAAUAGUGAGGCACUUAGAGAUCACUACACAAGCUUAUCAGCUGAACUCAUUAAAGCAAAUCAUGAGUAAAGCGGUCUGUGCAGAUGCUUAUGACAAUAAAAUCAAGGCCAUCAAUAUGUUAUUUUGAUGGGAGACUGGACAAACUUCAAAGUUAUGUACCAACUCCAAAGCCAUUUUGUUGAUUGCCUUUGGGAAAGUUAAAAAGUCUGGUGGGAAAAGAAGCUCUAGCGCAUAGAUAAGUAGUCGUGUACAUGUUGUAUCUUUCAUAAGCACAUUUGUUGCAUAUACAUACAAACACAAUGAUUUUUACCAGUUGUGAAAUCUGUAUGCUUGUAUUUGAUAAUCCCAAAUAACAAAAUACGAAUUUUAACC